CCAAGCACAACUCCCCUUCAGUUCAAGUUCCCUAAUUUGGUUACUCCUUUACUACUCAGACGUCUUCCAGACGCUCAGGUCUUUGCAAUCACCUGUUCUUGUCCCAAGGUUUCGUCUCUCCACCUUGAAAGAAUUUAGUCGAAGUUCAACAGAGGCUGUAUCAGUCUGGUUAGUUCGCGGCUGAGUCAGCGCGGGGCCUGUUUCAUUACAAGACCCAUGGCUUCCGAAUUGCCGUUGGUCUCUUCGAAUGGAGAAAUGAACCCCUUCGUUUCGGCAGCAGCUUCGCAGGGAGAUUAUGUGUCCAAUGACGAGGGAACUGCCUAUAUCCUUUGCCUCGAUGAGGCCUUGCUCCAUCGUAUAUGUAGAGUGUUAUCUCUGAUGGAUCUGAUGUCCGUCCAGUGCACCUGCAAGGAUCUAAACAACUUUGUCGUUCAUGACCGUCACUUGUGGAAAAGGAUUACCAUCCCAAGGUCCCUGUCGGAAAAGCUGACAGACACCCGUCUCAUGGUUCUGAUUAAACGAGCGCAAAAGGAGCUCGAGAUUGUCGAGAUUCACGGAUCAAAACGAUUGACUGGAGCUUUCCUUCUUGCGGACGGCAUGAAGGAGAACAAGAAACUGGAAAAGCUUUGGCUUUUGGAGUGUCCAAAAUUGUCAGGAGGAGCAUUGGUGUCGCUGGUCGGUCAUUUGGCUCAAACAUGCCACGAAGCAGGAAUGGAUCCAGUCCUGAAAUCGAUGCGAUUGGCUGGUUCGACGAAUGUUGAAGGCCGCCAUGUUCGUCUGUUGGAAAAGUUCAGGCUCUCCGAGGCACUGGAUGUUGUUCCAUGUCCUCAUUGUCCCAAGGCUGGCCAUGUCAUGAUGUGUGGUGUGUACUCGAUGCUUAAUGGCGAGGGAGCUCCAGCAGACGUUCUUGGGCAUGCCAUUGUCAGGGAUGGAGAGAUUGGUUGCGAGAAUUGCCUGGUCCAGUGCAGCGUGUGCGCUGAGUACUUCUGCAGGGCUCACCUCUUUCGACUAAAUUGCGGCCUUCAAGGAAUAUGUUGCAAGUGUUGCACUGAACAUUUUUGCAGCUUGUGCGACGGCUGAACCAGGGAGAUAAGUGGAGGCUUAUGUUCCACAGCUAGUGCAGAGAAAAAGUCUGGUGGCUACCCAUAACCAGGACUCUCCUAGUGAUCCCAGUUGUCAUGUCUUUUGAAAAGCGAACUCUACCUAGACAUCCCACUUCAUGAACUCCUUUUUCUAAAGCUAUAGG